AUGUUAAUGCCAAAUAAUUUACCAAUUGAAACAUUGCAGCCGAUAGUUCUUAUUGAAUCAAUUGAUGAUCUAGAAGUAUCAUUUUCAUCUACAAAUAUUGAAGCUGAAACUGAUGAUAAUAUAAUUGGAUUGUCAGAAGCAGUUGGUCGAGCAUCAAAUGAAGUUUCACAAACAGCAGAUUUUUUAUUGAAAACGAAAUUGAAAUAUAAUUCCACAAAUAGAGGUCGUGGUAAAGGCUAUGGUGAUGAACUAAGUAACCGUGAAUCUAGAGGUCAUGGUAGAGGCUGUAGUGAUGAACCAAGUAACUGUGAAUCUAGAGGUUGUAAUAGAGGUUGUGGUG